AUGGAGGAAUUAUUGAAAGUGGACGCGGGGAUGCCUCCAAGAAAAGUUGGGACACAAGGCGUUGCGCCGGUGCCUUUGAAUCGUUGCGACGUAGCAAAACUUUAUGCUCCAACUACGCAAAUGCCGAUGGAUGCAACGUCGUGCACGUUUCUGCUGGAGAAAGAUUUGGUGAGCGGAAUCAAAGUUUCUCUCACCUUCUUGCGAGAAAGGGAGAGGCGUUUUCUUCAACGCUCCGUGGCAGACCAAAUCCCUUUCUCCUCCGACAAACUUCCGUCAUGGGCGUGGCUAUUAAGGAGACUUUGCAAGCAUGCGAAAGACCUGCCGAGGAGGGGCGCAGCAGAGAAGGACGUCUAUUACUACCACAGUAAACAAUAUGCGUAUGCUGUGUACUACUGCCAUAAGUCGGCAUGUACUUUGGAAGCAGGCAGGAGGAUCGCAAGAGUUUGGGUGAAGGGAGAAGAUGGUAGGACGGUGGAGGCGGUGGCUGUGUGUCACAAGGACACCAGCGCCUGGAUUCCCAACAACAUCCCAUUUAAGGCGCUGAAUGUGAAGCCUGGUACCCCCUCUAUCUGCCUUUACGUUCCCCAAGGAGACCACCUGUGGCAGACAGCCGACUGA